AUGUCCAAGAGAGAUAGAUUUUCCUUUAGAUACUAUGUUGGGCAUGAAGGGAAAUUCGGCCAUGAGUUCCUCGAGUUUGAAUUCAACUCCAAGGGGAGACUAAGAUAUGCCAACAACUCCAAUUAUAAAAAUGACAAAAUUAUUAGGAAGGAGGCGUACGUGAGUAAGUCCGUACUGAACGAGCUAAAACGCAUAAUUGAAGAAUCGGAGAUUUGCAAAGAAACCGAUAAGUUAUGGCCUGCCCCGGAUAAAAUAGGAAAACAGGAGCUAGAAAUUUUCUUAGAUGGGAAUGAAUAUUAUUUUACGACUUCUAAAAUUGGAUCACUUUCUGAUGUGAAACAGUGCGACGACCCAGAGGGACUCAGAGUAUUCUACUACCUCGUGCAGGAUUUGAAGUGUUUCUUGUUCUCUCUCAUUUGUUUGCACUUUAGGAUUAAGCCUGUGUGA